AUGGCUAGUAGAGGGGUUCUCCCCCAAGUCCUCGCGGGUCGGCUCAACCCGCGCGUCCCAUCCUUGCUCGCGCGCGCCAGUCCUUUCCGCUCCCAAGCUGUCUUGUCCACCAGCUCGCUAUACUCCCAGAGACAAGCUCCCAUAUUACGGCGCAGAUAUGCCACAGCACGCGACAACAACGAUGCGGCCGAUCAGGCCAAGGAUGCCAAAGAGGGUGCCGAACAUGAAGGCGCCGCAAACGUCGCCGCGGAUACGGCUUCCAAGGACACGCAGUCCAAGCAGGCCGUCCUAGACGAGGCUUCUGGCUCUUCUGCCUCUUCCAGCACCACAACUCUCAAUGACACCAGCGACUGGGAGACGAACGUAAACAUGAACAUUGACUCUUUCAAACAACUGCCCCAUGCGAACUUCGGCGUCAACCAGUUCAUUCCCUUCGAUCCCGAGUUCAGGGAGGUUCUUAAGCAGAUACCUUGGGAGUUCCGAGCCCCAAUUCGAUACGCCUUUGCCUACGGUUCUGGUGUUUUCCCGCAGUCCAAGUCUAGCGGCAAAGUUAUUUCGGACGAAGAGCUCCGCAAAAUUCAUCCCAAGGCGCCCGAAGCCGUCAAAAGAGCCCAGGAUGGAACUCCCAAAAUGAUCGACUUCAUCUUUGGCGUCACCCAUACCCAGCAUUGGCACUCGCUCAACAUGAAGCAGCACCGUCACCAUUACUCGGCAUUGGCCAGCCUGGGCUCAGGUGCAGUUUCUGUACUUCAACCCUACGUCAUUGUCAAUGGGAUCUUGAUCAAGUACGGCGUUGUGCAGCUGGAUACGCUUGAGCGCGAUCUCACCCAGUGGGAUACAUUGUAUCUUGCUGGACGACUGCACAAGCCUGUCAAGAUUCUCCGUGAUGAUCCCAAGAUUCGCUUGGCGAACCAGAUCAACCUCUUGUCUGCUCUUCGGACAGCCCUGCUGUUGCUGCCACCGAAGUUCACCGAAGACGAGCUCUUUGCUACUAUUGCCGGCAUUAGUUAUCUCGGCGACCCGCGCAUGUCUCUUCCCACUGAGAACCCGAGCAAGGUGAAGAACAUUGUCGGCAACAACAUGACCAACUUCCGCCGCCUUUAUCUUCCCCUGAUCGAGACACUGCCGAACGUGGAGUACAACGAUGCCAGCGCCACCGAGCGUGAUUGGAUCUGGAACGACAAGAGCCUCAACCUUUUGCAGGAUAUGGACCCUGUCAAGCGCGGAAACAUGGUUCGCCGCUUGCCCAAGGCUUUCCGCUCGAAGCUCUACUUCGAGUACCAGAAGAAGUUUGCGAUCCCCCAGCUCGAGUUCAACAAGAUGAUGGAGGAAAGUCGAAAUGAGGACGCCGUGUCGUUCAAGCGUCGCCAGGGUGGAGGCUUCGAGCAGCGUAUUGCCAGCGACGACCCCGCGGAGCUUCGCAAGCAAGUCCGGAGCGUCAUCAAGCAGACUAUCAACUGGCCAGCCACCACACAGUCUCUGAAGGGCCCUCUCACCAGCGGCUUCAAGCGCACGAUACGUUACCUCUCUGAAAAGAUGGAUAAGUACCGUCAGGGAAAGGACGCUGAGAAGGCCAAGACCGCUGCUGCUACUGCCGAGGAGAAGCCCUCCGAAAAGUCGGAGGUCGACAGCAAGGCGGAGAAGAAGUAG